AGGGGGGUAGGAAGAGAUGAUAAUUGGUGUUCUGUAAUCUAGGCUCAUAGAUAGGAAAAGGACAGAGUACGUAAAAAGACUGGUGCUGGUUAUUUUACUUUAUGGUAGUAUUGUAGAAGUAAAAUAAGCAGGAUGAGGUGCUUAAAAGGACUAGGAUGUUUGUUUGUAUGUUAUUUGAUUGAUAGUGUGGCUUGUGCUAAUCUCUGGGACUUUUCAAGACAUGUACCAGUAACUGAGCAGUUACAAAACAGAGCUACUGAUAACUCUUUGAGGCAAGCUGGUGCAUCAUCUCCUAGGCAGUUGAUAGUUAGCCCUUUGCAGUCUGUCACAGUGCAAUGCCAUGAAGCCAAAAUGGUGAUAGUGGUCCACAGAGAUCUGUUUGAGACUGGCCACUUGAUCGAAGCAGCUGAUCUUUACCUUGCCCCACAAGCCUGCCAUUAUACUUCUGUUAGUGCCUCUGACUUGGUUAUCUUUGAAGUGGAGUUUCAUGAGUGUGGCAGCAACUUGCAGACAACAGCAGACUCCCUGUUCUACCACACAUCUCUAUACUAUAACCCAGGCCCUGCAAGCAACCCAGUAAUUGUGAGGAACAGCCCAGUGGAGAUCCCAAUUGAGUGCCGCUAUCCUAGGAAAGAUAAUGUGAGCAGCGAUGGCAUCCAGCGCACUUGGUCUCCUUCUGCUUCGACAAAGUCUGUGGAAGGAAGGCUUCACUUUUCCUUGCGUCUGAUGACUGAUGACUGGAGUGCUGAGAGAGAGUCUACUCAAUACCAGCUGGGUGAUUAUCUUCAUAUCCAAGCAGAUAUUGACAGGGAAGGUCAUCUACCUCUCCGGCUAUUUGUUGAUAGCUGCGUGGCCUCACAAACACCAGAGAGAGAUUCCAUUCCACACUAUGCAAUCCUUGACUUCCAUGGAUGCUUGGUAGAUGGAAGAGCUCAUGAUGUAGCAUCAGUCUUCAGAAUUCCAAGACCUCAGCAGGAAACACUCCAAUUUACCAUAGAGACAUUCAGAUUUGCUGGGGACACAAGAAACUUGAUCUACAUAUCAUGCCAUCUGAAAGUCACUGCAGCUGACAAAGAACCAGAUCUCUUAAAUAAAGCUUGCUCAUUCAACAGCCAAAGAAAUAUUUGGCUACCAGUAGAAGGUUCCAAGGACAUCUGUAACUGCUGUGAGACUGGGAACUGUGGAUCAUCUACAGGAUGGCCCAGCACAAUCAACCUCAGCAAUCAUCAUACAUCAAGACAGAAACAAAUGCCUUCUGGGUCAGCUAUCAUUGACCUCUCAAAAGGGAAAGUUGAUGCUGACCUUGUGGUGGGGCCUCUCUUAAUCCUUGAUGCUCCUUGGGACCACCAGAAAGGAGAAGUAGGAACAAAAGAAACAAUGGUGGCCGAAGGUGAAUCCCAUGUGAUAGAAACUGAGUCCGAAUCUACUGUUGGACAUCAGUUUUUCCUCAAGGCAGAUGAACGACUAAGAUGGCUUCUAGACUCUGAUGAAACUGUGAUGACAACUACUGAUAACAGAUCACACAUAGUAUAUGACAAUGUUGCUGCCAAGCUAACUUCUGAUGCAGAGGGAAACUCAGGUGAACUAGCAGCACCUGUGGAGGUAGCCAAGAUGCCACUACAAGGUACUGCGUCAGAGAAGGGGACUGUCCUGGAGCGAAUCCAAAUGACAGGAGCUGGAAUUCUGAUGCUGGCCCUGUUUAGCUGCAUCUUCUAGAUGAUAACACUCAAUUGGCUUACAUAUUAAAAUUAAGUUUUUUUUCUUGUAGCCUAGCUUUGUGAAACUAGCGAACUGUGUAUGUAACAUUCUCUGCAUAAACAAAGGUUGAUCAUUGUCUUGAAGGGCUGAAGCACAAGUGACUACUAAAAUGAAAAAUAAUAUGUAUGUGGUACAUUAAUAGCAAUAACCCAGCAAUUAACAUAAUUGGGUCAAUUCAGUUUGAUUUGUCAAAUAAAUAAUGGGCUGAUAAACUGUAAAA